AUGUGCUCUCAGGGUCCACAGGGAAUUCGAGGUGCCACUGGUAUGAUUGGUACCAAAGGAAAAACUGGGACUCGAGGUGUUGACGGAGACCCAGGCUCUCAGGGUGUUGCAGGGGCGAUAGGGGAUCGAGGCCAAAGAGGAGGAAUGGGAGAAACUGGCCAUAAAGGUGAACAGGGACCUCAAGGGCUGAGAGGCAAUACUGGUCUUCCAGGGCCGAAGAGGGAGGCAGUGGGUUGCCAGGUGUGGAUGGACGUGAGGGAAUCCCUGGCAUGCCAGGUGCCAAGUUACAGCAGAUUCUGGCUUUCGUUAUUCAACCAUGGCCAUGUAAAAAGUGUGACAGUGGUAAAUGAGUUUUAUUUUUUUUACCUUUUACAGGGUGCCGCCGGAAAACCUGGAAGCCCCGGGGAAGCUGGCCUUCAAUUACUCCCUGGUCCUAAAGGUGACUUGGGCUUUCUUGGACUUCCAGGACCACCAGGCCUGUCAGGAAUAAAAGGAGAUAGGGGAGGUAACCAGGGGGAUCCGGGUAACAGAGGACCAGAGGGUGCCCGUGGCCAGCCUGGCAUUGAGGGCCUCCUGGUAGUCCUGGACCACGUGGCAUGCAGGGGAACAGAGGAGCUCCAGGACCUCGUGGCACCCUCGUGGGACCAGCGUUCAAGGGGUAAAGAACCAAGUGAUCAACACAUCAGACAAGUGUGCAUAUGUGUUAUGCAAGAGCAGUUGGCCCAACCGGCUGCCAGUCUGAGGAGACCAGAGUCUGGCGCGGUCGGACUGCCAGGCAGACCCGGUCCCCCUGGUCCUUCUGGACCCCAAGGUUACAGUGUCUUUCCUGGGCAUGCUGGUGCUAGAGGGCUCCCGGGACUCAAAGGGCCUCCGGGUCUUAUUGGUCUCAAGGGGCCGAAAGGUGAGAUGGGAGACAGGGGACCUGUCGGGACCUCCUGGACUACCAGGUGAACCUGGAAAACCAGAAUAUGGUCAAGAUGGGCGUGAUGGAGAAUGGGGUCCACCUGGUGUCCCCGGGUCAACCAGGUGUUCCUGGACCUCCUGGGUCAGCCGGACCACCCGGUUACUGUGAUCCUUCAGCCUGUAAUCGGAGCGCAGGUGCUGCCCACCAGUCCCUCAAAGACUCUAGCAUGA